AUGCUGGCCCCCCAAGAUUUCCAAACCUUCGUCUUCUUCGACCUGGAGACCACCGGCCUGCCCCCGGACCGCCCCCGCAUCACGGAGCUGUCUCUCUUCGCCCUGCACCGCCACUCCCUCCUGCAGCGCCCCCGGCAGGACGCCCCCACCCCCCAGCUGCCCCGUGUCCUGGACCAGCUCACCCUGUGCAUCGACCCCCAACAGCCCUUCACCCCGGAAGCCGCCCGCAUCACGGGGCUGAGCCAGCAGGACCUGGAGGAGAACGGGAAGCGGGGCCUGGACCGGGACGUGGCUCAGGCCCUGGGCGGGUUCCUAGCCCGCCAAGCCCCCCCGCUCUGCCUGGUGGCCCACAACGGCUGGAGCUACGACUUCCCCCUGCUGCGGACGGAGCUGGCGCGCGUCGGGGCCGAGCUGCCCCCCGCCACCGGCUGCCUGGACACACUGCAGGCCAUGAAGGAGCUGGGCCUGGGGGGCCAGGGGGGGUACAGCCUGGGGGCGCUCUUCCGGGGGCUCUUCGGGAGGGACCCCGAUGGGGCCCACUCGGCCGAGGGAGACGUCCGCACCCUUAUCGCCAUCUUCCUCGCCAGGGCGCCACAGCUGAUGGGCUGGGCGGCGGGGAAGGCCCGGGCCUGGGGGGACGUGACCCCCAUGUACCUCCCCACCACGCAUUGA